AAUGCACAAUUUACAUAACCUAUUUUCAAUCCGAAGUCGAAGGUCUUCCUUUCGAUGAUCGGAUGAUUUUCUUAUCUUAUCAAUUUUCUCCCAAAACCGCACCCUACCACUACGUUCUCGUUUUGUGUUUUUGUUUAACAAUGUCGAAAUAGAAGUGCCUUUCUCGCUUCAUUUUACGCGUUGUGUUAUGGAAGAUAUCAAUUCGAUUUCGUCAUCGCAAAUCAGCUACACACUUCUGGACGGUGAAAAGAGCCGACCGGCUCCGGGCCGAUGCUGUAGGACCACCACGCCGAUCGUUAUCAGCGCUGUGCUUUUGACGAUUCUAGUACCGGUGUAUAUCUUGACACCGAGAAGGUACGGCGGAGGAACGGCUUUAACUACCGCUCAUGAUGUCCCUGAGCAAUGGGUCGAGCGUGCCAUCUACUACAGCAAUCGCAUUGGCGGCCCCGAAGUCGAAAUCGCGAAGAACCCGAGCUCCGACUAUAAACUGGUCUGCUACUACACGUUCCCGUCAAGUUCGCCGGACGACCUACAGCCGUCCGACAUCGACCCGCUCCUCUGCACCCACAUAAACGUCGGCUUCGCCACCGUCGUCAACAACACGAUUUUUUUAAACGACAACCAAUCGCUAAUUGUUCGCGAUGUCGUCGCGCUGAAACGGCGCAAUCCCGACCUGAAGAUCCUCCUGUCGGUGGGCGGCGCCGGAGGCACCGGCGGCUUCCCGCAAAUGGUCCUCAAUCACGCCACUCGCAAGUCGUUCAUCGGCUCGAUCGACGAGUGCGUGAGGAACUACUCGAUCGACGGCGUCGACCUCGACUGGGAGUUCCCGAACAAGGAGCCCUCGCCCGACUCGAAGCAGAAGAUGCACUUCACCCAGCUCCUCGCCGAGAUCCGCGCCGAAAUCAAACGCCAGCAGAGAUACAAGUUUCUGCUGACCGUCGCCGUCGCCGCCCCCCGCUUCAUCGUCGACCUCGCCUACGACAUCUCCUACAUGAGCAGUUACGUUGACUACGUAAACGUAAUGACCUACGAUUACCACUUCUACACGGAAUUAACCCCCUUUACAGGACUAAACGCGCCCUUGUACCCCGACGGAAACGAAACCGGCUACCUGGCGACGCUCAACAUUAACUACACGGUCAACUACUGGACCGACAACGGCAUGGCCCCCGACAAACUCGUCGUGGGCCUGCCGACCUACGCGCAUACCUUCGAGUUGUACAAUCUGAACAACAACGGACUGAUGGCGCCGGCGCGCGGCUACGGAUCCUCGGGCCAUUCGGGAUUCGCGAACUAUCCCGAGGUGUGCGCGUUCCUCGCGAGAGAUCGCGUCAGGCGCGAGUUCGUCUACGGCGCGCGAAGUCCGUACGCGUUCCACGAGUGGGACUGGAUUUCGUUCGAUGACGAGAUCAGUCUGACGUUUAAGGCUGAGUUUAUCAAACAUCAGAAGCUUGCCGGUGCCAUGAUUCUUUCACUUAAUGCCGACGAUCACCAGGGUCGUUGUGGUGAGAAAGAGGUGAAAAUGGUAAAAUUCCCUCUUACCAACAGAGUGAAAGAGAUUUUCAACGAAAAUUAAUUGUUUCUUUUUUAUGUAUAUAUUUGUAUAGGUUUAUUUGUACGAUUUAAUUAAAUUGAAAAGUAUUAA